GUAUGAAGAAAAACAAGUUGCCCUUUUGACGUGUGUGCGUGUAUGUGUCAAAAUAAUCGGGAAUUUAUGUUAAAAAAAAAACAUUUUUUAAAAUUACUUCCAUAUUUUGAAAGCUUUUAGGCGAAAAUCCAAAUAGACGACAUAAAAAUAUCCCCGUCAAAACAAUCCUGGCCUUGUAAACACACAAGGCGAGUUAUUUACGGUGGUUUGUCGACCCGUUCGUAAGGCUGUCUCUUGUGAAUGGAUUUCCCGAAAAUUAUGCCCUAGAGUUUAAAAGAUGAACGAGGCCAGCGGUGAAAUGGGGUCCUCCAGUGGACACAGAGCUCGCAUAGUAAAAGAGGGAUGGUUGUACAAGAGAGGCGAACACAUUAAAAACUGGAGACCCAGAUAUUUUGUGCUAUUCGAUGACGGAGCCCUAACAGGCUUCAAAGUGAAACCGGACGAUUAUUACACGGACCCUCUAAACAAUUUCACAGUCAAAGAGUGUCAGAUCAUGUCCACUGACAGGCCGAAACCGUAUACUUUCAUCAUAAGGGGCUUGCAAUGGACCACCGUUAUUGAGAGGAUGUUUCAUGUUGAAACUGCCGAAGAAAGGGAAAAAUGGGUGCAAGCCAUCAAAUCGGUCUCGGAAAAGCUCUCGAACGAUUGCGAUGACGUCGAGAUGAAUCCGGCCAACUCCUCGACCGACAUGGUGGUCGACUUAUGGGAAAAAUGUUCGUUACAAGGAACCUCAAUCUCAAAAUCAACGGGUAAACGAAAAGUGACCCUGGAGUGUUUCGAAUUCCUAAAAGUGUUAGGCAAGGGCACGUUCGGUAAAGUGAUUUUGUGCAAAGAGAAGGCCACUAGUAAACUGUACGCGAUCAAAAUCCUAAAAAAAGACGUGAUCAUCCAAAAGGACGAGGUGGCCCACACCCAGACCGAAAGCAGGGUCCUGAGGACCACCAAUCAUCCAUUUUUAACGUCGUUGAAAUAUUCGUUCCAAACCAACGACAGAUUGUGCUUCGUGAUGGAAUACGUGAACGGCGGCGAGUUGUUCUUCCAUUUGUCUAGGGAGAAGGUUUUUUCGGAGGAACGGACCAAGUUUUAUGGGGCCGAGAUCAUUUCCGCUUUGGCCUAUCUUCAUUCGCAAGGGAUCAUUUACAGGGACUUAAAAUUGGAGAACCUUCUAUUGGACAAGGACGGACACAUUAAGAUCGCCGAUUUCGGACUGUGCAAAGAAGACAUUACGUAUGGCCGGACGACAAAAACCUUCUGCGGUACUCCGGAAUACUUGGCCCCCGAGGUUCUAGAAGACAACGAUUAUGGCAGAGCGGUAGACUGGUGGGGCAUCGGCGUCGUCAUGUACGAAAUGAUGUGCGGCCGUUUGCCGUUUUACAAUCGAGACCACGACAUGCUGUUCACGUUAAUUCUGAUGUCCGAAGUGAAGUUCCCGAGAACGUUGAGUGCCGACGCAAGAAGUUUACUAUCCGGAUUACUUAUUAAAGAUCCCACGAAAAGGUUGGGAGGAGGUCCGGACGACGCAAAACAAAUAAUGGCCCACCCAUUCUUCGGCAGCAUCAAUUGGACCGACUUGGAACUGAAAAAGAUCCCGCCACCUUUCAAGCCCCACGUGACCUCCGACAUAGACACGCGGUACUUCGAUCAAGAAUUCACCGGCGAGAGUGUCGAACUGACGCCGCCUGACAACGCGGGCCCGUUGGGUUCGAUCCAGGAGGAACCGCAAUACUUUCCCCAGUUCAGUUUCCAGGACAUGUCCUCCACCUUGGGCAGUUCGGUGCAUAUUAGCGGCAGCAUGGCCAGCGUCGGUCAUAUGCAGUGAGCUACCAAGGUAAUUGGGUACUUAACAAGACGCUUCAAGCACAAGAGACGAGAUUGAUCCUCUCUUUCGGUGAUGGUCGGAUAAAUGGAACUAUUUGCUCCGGAAACAAUUGUUUGCAAAGUCCUCCCGUUUUAAAAGCGGUUUCCAGAGCAUGUACAUAAGUAUUUUAUCGCUCUCGUUGGUUAAAACUAAACAACUGUUAAACUGCCAUUUUCGCCUAAUAUAAUAAUUUAGUAUUCAUAUACGCCAAGUGAGCCAAACUAUUUAUCUCUAAAAUAAGUAUACCAUUUAUAUAACUAUUAUUGUAAUGUAAAUAUUUUGAUUAAUUAUUAUUAAGUGGUUUACAAGCAUCCGUAAUAGUAGUGGUUUAUUAUAUUUUUUUUUAGGUAUUAAUAAUUGGUACUGUGUAUUUGCGUUAAGCGGUACAGUUCUAGAGUAAUCGUAUUUUAACUUUUGGGGUUUUCAGUGUUUACGUUUUAUAGUUGAAAAAAUGGACUUUUUAUGCAUGAAAUGGGGUGGUUUUAAUCCACACUUGCACUGAACAUGGGAUAAAAUAAAACUAAUUUACAUAAUUUAGCACGUCUAUUUGGGAUAAACAUGAAACUUUUUUUUACAAAUUACUCGCAAAAUUAAACAUAAAGUAGCGGAGGCAAAUAUGGCCCACUUAAGGAAGGUUUAGGUCAAACUAUCUUCAAAUAAUUAUUUCAAUUCAUAUUUUAACUUGUUUUAAACAGAUUCCGUUACAAAGUAAUAAUAUUUUUUAUUAUAGAAGGUUGGGCAAAAGUAAUCCACCUAUGUAUUUUUUUUUUAUGAAAAAUUGAUUCUGCCUAUGAAAUUUGUUUAUUUAAUCCAUUAAGCCGAUAAAAUGAUAUCGGCUAAGUGGUCUCCGUACGGGCUUCAAAAGUCUAAUUCUUGUAAAUCGCAUUCAAAAAACCGCAUAAAAAAGUAGUCUGAAACGGUUAAAUCGGGUGAUCUGGUCGGCCAGUGCAAAGCACCAAAGAGAUUAGGCUAUUCGGAAAUACUGAUACUGAAUACUACCUUCAGAAUAUGUUUCAUGGUUAAAAUUAAAAUUUCGUCGGAAAAUUAUAGUAACUGUAAAGUACUGAUGCUUCGCACGCCUGUAGAAAUCAGUGGAGGAGAAAAUACCGACGGUAUAUCUGAUUUCCAUUUUUAGAAUUAAGAUGCCGGGCCAUAUUUGCUUUCAGUACCUUAUUAUAAUAAAAAUUACAUGCAUGUUUUUAUUUCCAAACGAUAAAACUUCGAUAUUAUCUUGGAAGUAUGUACAUUAUACUUUCCUAACGUUUAUACUGCCUCUGAAUAUUUUAAUUUUAUGUUAGUUAUGUAGUAACAACGUGUAUAAUUUUCUUGAUUAAAUAAUGUAGGUAGUUAAUAAUGUGGCUUUCUGAUGUGUAUAGUAAAUUGUAAUUUCUUAAGGUUUAGUAUUAUAAAAACGAAUAAUUUAAUAAGUA